CAGAGGGCGUAUUUCUGAAACAAAUCACGUGACACGGGUAAAAGGUACUUUCAAGAUGGCGACUGUGUGUUGAUAAUUUACCUGAUAACAACACACACUAUGGGAUGAAAUGGCAUCAACGAAACAGGAUUACUAUCAGAGAGAUACCAAUGGAUAUAACUCGAACACUCCUCCCCGUGACGCCUUCGUGCGGGGUGGACAGAGGGCCACUAUUCAUGGUACGCAGGCGGCUAAAUCAUGGGGUAAAAACAAAUCCAAAGGGAAGGAUAAAAAGGAUAGGAAGAAAAAACCUGUCUUGUAUCGAAGUAAUAGUAGUUUAGAAAUGGAUAGUAUUGAUUAUAUUGAUGUGGAUGAAUUUCAUACAGGAAUACACAGGGAUUAUGGGAGUACAUCCUCAAUUGAUGUUCUCGGAAAAAGUGGACAUGACAGCUUCUUUGCAUUGUUGAAGGACUAUAGCCAUGUAAAUGCUGAUCAGAGAAGUCCAGCGCCUGCUCAAUUGCAGGAAUUGUUACGGGGUAAAAAUGAAGGAGUACGGUUUCGUGCUUCUAACGGUAGUGCUGUGAAGGACAAAUCUACUGAAGAUAUAACAGAUAGUCCUAGAACAAAAUCUAAAUUCAAACACAAAGAUCGGAAAAGCAGGAGUAAAUCUAUAACAAAUGAAACACGUCCAUCUGGAAUUUUUACAAAAUUACGGGGGAAAAGUGAACCAGAAAUUAACCCCAAAACUCCUGACAAUAUUGAUGUUGAUGUUCGUGCUGAGGAACGAUUAAGGAGUAAAGCUUUUUUACAUUAUGACUGUCAGAGUAUUACUUUUAAUGUGGAGGAAAUUAUUCAUAGCAUUAGUAACCCUUUACAAAUCGGUAGAAAUACUACAACUGGUGCAUCGGCAGCCUCACAGAAAGAUGGACGGGAGUCGGAAGAUGAGGGUGACGACAAAAGUAACAAUUUGGUGCUUAAAUGUCCGUUCUUUAGAAAUGAAAUAGGUGGUGAGGAGGAACGAAUAGUUAGUUUAGGUCGAAGUUCAGCACGAAGAACGUUAAAUAAAUCUAAGAAUACUCAAAAUAGUGCAAUAUUGACACGGUCACCUGCGUGUUGUGGGUUAUCUAUAUUAGACUCUUCACCUACUCCAACGGGACUUAUGCUUCCUCAUGUAGUAUUACAUCGGAAUCAUGUUAUGGAAUAUGUAGAUCAUGGUGCCAGUUAUUAUAGACAUUUCUUUUAUGGUUAUGCCUCAGGGGCAAUUACAGAUCACCAAAACUUUUUUGGUAUUGAUGAAAAUUUUGGCCCAGUGGCAAUCAGUAUUCGGAGAGAGAAGUUAGAAGAUAGAGAGAACAAAUUAGGGAAAGCAGAAUAUGGACAGUACCAACAUAGGAUCAUUUUUAGGACCAGUGCACUGACCACAUUACGGGGAGCCAUACUUGAAGAAGCCAUACCAAGUGGCCGAAUUAGUAGUUCUCGGACUGGUCAGGUCAAGGACAUCCUAGAAUUCCUAAUACCUCAAUUACAAAUAUCCUGCCUCAAACUUGGAACAACUACCCCAAAGACAUUGGAGCAGUUGUUAAAACUUGAUGAACAAGGGUUGUACAGUACCUACAAAGUAGGUGUUUUAUUAUGUCGUUCUGGACAAUCAUCAGAAGAAGAUAUGUAUAAUAAUGAAAAUUCUAGUCCUGCAUUUGAAGAGUUUUUAAAAUGUAUAGGUCACAAAAUUAGAUUAAAAGGAUUUGAGAAAUAUAGAGCCCAAUUGGAUAAUAAAAGUGAUUCAACAGGAACUCAUUCCUACUACACAACGUUUAAUAAUAGUGAGAUUAUGUUUCAUGUGUCAACCCUCUUACCUUACACAGCAAAUAAUACACAACAGCUUUUACGCAAACGUCAUAUAGGAAACGAUAUAGUAACCAUAAUCUUCCAGGAACCUGGAGCUAAUCCAUUCAGUGCAAAGACUGUAAGGUCACAAUUUCAACAUGUUUUCAUCAUCGUUAGAGUCCAUAAUCCAUGUUCAGACAAAUGCUGUUACAGUGUAUCAGUCAGCAGAUCUAAAGAUGUCCCAGCCUUUGGUCCACAUAUUCCAGAAAACAUCAAGUUUCCUAAAUCGGAAGAGUUUGCAGAAUUCCUUUUGGCAAAAGUGAUAAAUGCAGAGAAUACUGCCCAUAAAGGUGAAAAAUUCAAAGCUAUGGCAACUAGAACAAGAACAGAAUACCUCAAAGAUCUGGCAAAUAACCAUGUGACAUCUACCACACUAGAAAGUAGUUCUAAAUUAAGUAAAUUUGGUUUGGGAAGUGUCAGGAAGAAAGAAAAGACAAAACAGAAAGUCAUUCCUGAUAUGUUUUCUCUUGGAACAACAGUAUGGUGUGUCCAGGUAGUAGACUGUGGGUUGUCUUCACAGGUAGAAGACUGUGGGUUGGCCAUGCAGGUGGAUUCGUUUCUUGGUAUAUCAUCAGAAGUAUUGGUUGUGAUUGAGGAGAGCUCUGGUGAAGUAAUAUUUACUGUCCAUUGUGGUGCUAUAAUUGGUUGGACAUCUCAAGCCAUGAGUAUAAGAAUAUACUUUAAUCAAGGAGAGUCUGUAUUUGUGAAGCCAUUCAGUGGGGAGAUGGAAGAAACACAAGAAGUCUGUGAGAGAUUAACAGGUGUUACUUCUGGUUGUGAGUCACAAGAUAUGACGUUAAAGAGAAAUGGUUUGGGUCAGCUUGGGUUUCAUGUUCAGAGUGAUGGCAUUGUAACUGACGUGGAAUCCACAGGAUUUGCUUACGAUGCAGGACUGAGGAAAGGCAGUAGACUAGUGGAGGUCUGUAAGAUAGCUGUUGCCACCAUGACACACGAGGAGUUAGUAGAGUUACUGAGAACCUCUGUGACUGUCAAGGUCACGGUCAUACCUCCAUUUGACGAUGGAACGCCAAGGGGUGUGGCUACGCUACACACAAAUUGUCAUUCAUCAUCAUUGAAGACAUUGAAAGCAGCAUUGCAGGCAACAGAAAACCUUCAACAAUGGCAGAGAGAUGUAAAUGGCGAUCUAUCUCAUUCGAGAGAAAUCUCUAGCAGUUCUAGUGAAACAUCAUAUCAUUUAAGGGAAAUAACUCUUUCUACAAAGAUCAGAGAGACUGAUGAGUCUGGAGAUAAUUUCCGUGGAUCGAUGACACUUCCUCUUCAGAAGAAACCAUUAACUCCAACUAGAGUGGAUAUGAAGAAUUCUCCAUUUAGUAUUGUGACCCCUCAGAAUAGGAUAGGGACAUCAAGUCUCCAGCGGAAUACCUCUCUACAGCAUGCCUAUACAGAUUCAGUCCUUGACAAGAACCACUUCAGUAGUACUGAGGAUAUUAAACAUGAACGUAGUAGUUCUAGAGAUAGUUCAGACUAUGCAUAUCUCAUAAGUCCUACUCCUAUGCCCAGAACUAAAGGGAGUCAGUUUAAAUAUCAAGGACCCAGUUGGGCUAAUAGUUCUGGUGACCAGUCAGAUCACACCUCCAGUAUGACAUCUAUAUAUAGUGCUACAGGUUAUAGGAAACCAAACUUUUCUACGGACAAUGCAGUUCAACAUGGAAAUAUUGCAUUAGAAUUGUUAAAACAGUCACAAAACACAAAAUUCUUAUUAAACAGGGGACCAGAACAACCAAAAUCCAAUAACUUAAGUGAUACCUCAUUUUCUAGUGGUUCUAGUGGUGGACCAAAAAAUACAAAUAAUACAGAUAGCAAAGAAGAUGUUUCACGGUUUCGUCAAAAGACGAACACAACUGUACAUAGAACAGAAUCGCCAAUUAGCAGUGCUAACAGUAGUCCUAAAACUUCACACAGGAAUUUGUAUGGGACAUCUUCUGAAGAAUCUCUGAAUACCAGAUUACGGCCUGGUGUCACAGGGUCUACAUGUACUAAAGUCUCAAAGUCGGAUAAUAAUUUUCAGACUGAGUUACAGCGUCUUAUUGAUCCUGAAUUGGCAGAUCGAGAUCUGAAAGGAUAUCUGGGUAAGAAAUCAGAUGGACGUUAUUCCUCUAGAUUAAAGAGAACUAUGUCCGAUGAAAGUUUACAUAAUCAGAAGUUCAACGCUGCGCCAAUCAAACUAGAGACACAUUUAACUGAUGUCAUAUUCACAACAGCUUCUCCACCACAGAAUAAAGAUCUGAGUAAAAGGCAGUCACCAGCAGUGCCAGCAGAAGACAAUCCAGCAUUAAGCAGUAGUGUUCCACUUCCAGAAUCCACUUCAGGAUUAGAGUGGUCAAGUCUAGUCAGUGUGGCUACAAAAGCCAUUGAAGGUAGUACAACUAAAUCCAAGCCAAUGGAAACAAAACCAAUCAAACAUGACAAUGUACCUAUAUGGAGAUCUGUAGUAGCCAAUCCACAAAAAAGAAUCACCGAGUUAGAGGGUAAAGUCAACCAGCUGGAAAUAGAUCUGGCUAAGGAGACAAGGGAAAAUGCAACCUUGGAAGAGGAGGUUCAAGAACUAAGGGCUGAGAAUGCCAGGUUACAAGAGGAAUCUCAACAGGCUGCAGCACAACUCAGAAAAUUUACAGAAUGGUUUUUCAAAACUAUUGACAGAACUUGAUCAAUUUUAUUACCUCCAAUAUAGGAGAAUAUAAACUCAAAUCCAAACCAUGUGAUGAUGAUCACCAAAAUGGGACAUAACUCAUAUCCAAACAAAGUGAUGACUAUCACUAGAAUGGGACAAUUUGAAUAUUCUGAAUGUGUUGGCAAGCUGCUGGAAAUUAAAGGUCAUUUGAAGGAUAUAUUAUCGUUGUACAGGGGAUCUGUCAAGAUCUUCUAGUUUAUUUGAGACUUGAAUUCAUAGGAAGUUAGUUAUAAAAGACAGUCUGGAUAUUUUGUUGGAAAGAUAGAUCAUAUCAUGUUUUGAUCUGAUGAAGUUUUAGUGUUUAUUUUGAGGGAGUAUAGCCAAUAUUUUUUUUAAAACAUUGAUUAUUUGAUCCGUGUAGUUUAUUUUCUAAACAAAAGCAUAGCUUAUAUUGAUUUAUAUUAUGUAUAAAACAACAUACUUAAGAACUCUCUUACUAAGACUUUAAAACAAACAAUUAAAACUGAAAUUCACAAAUGACAGUUCUUCAGUGGUAAAUUGUAUUCAUGGUUUAUAAUGGUUUGGGAAUCAAAAUUUUGUAUAAAAUGGAGCUGAUUCAUUAAUAUGACUUAAAAUGUUGACAAAGAGAAUACAUGUUUUUUUUUAACUAUGUUAUAGGAAACGUUAACAAACAAACAAAAAUCACAAAUGUUGAUAUAAUGGGUACAGGGAAGUCACAAAUGAUACAACUUGACAGAAUUUUAAUUUCAAACUAAUUUGAAGGUUUAAGAUUAUUUUGAAGUGCCUGUGAAUUAUUGUGAUCUUGUCUUCCUUAAUACAUGUAUAUCUACACCUUAAACCAUAUGUUUUUUUCACAAAAAUUAAUUUUCAGAUUUUGAUAGUUCACGCCCUAAGCAUCUAUCUAUUGCAUCUGCAUAAUGAACAAGGAACAUAACUCCAAAUAAAAAAAUGUACUGAAGUGAUGGCUAUCUCCCCUUUUAUCUCCACAAAAUGUGAGCUAUUCAUGCAGAGAUAUUACAUUUUAGUACCUUUGAUUUCAUACCCAAUGCAUACAUUAUACCUAUAAUGGUUUACUUUUAUAAAUUGUUAUUUGGAUGGAGAGUGGUCUCAUUGGCACUCACACAACAUCGAACUAAAACAGCAACUUCCAUGAUUCAAAAUACAAUACUUAAGAUCUGUAAGAGCAGUAUUUAAAAUCUGUCAAAAUCUGUUAUGAAUGAGCAAGUUAUAUAUGGACUUUGGUAGGAACAAGGCAGCAGCAUUCUUUGUAAAUAAUGCAGAUAGUUAUCAUUAUCAUCAAAAUACAUUUUGUAGUUUUAACCUUUGAACUCAUUAACAAUAGACAAUUGAAUUUCAUUAUUUUAGACAAAUCAUUAUUUUUAUAUUUGUAGUUUAACAAUUUCAGAUGUGUAACAUUUGUAUAUUAACAUUUUCAUAUAUUGUAUAAAGCAAAUUUUAACAUGGGUCUGUUUGAUUACUUUGUUUUAAACUGACUGAAUGCCAUGGGUCUGUUUGAAUACUAUAUUUUAAAUUUGCUUAGCCUUUCAAUUUUAUUUAGAUUAUUUUAUGGUAUAUUUACAUGUUAAUGCAGAACAUUUGCAAAAGAUAUCAACUUUGAUUUUAUUACAGCUGAUUUCCAAAUGCUUGUAGAGUAAAACAUUGGUAUGCUUGUUUGCUCUGUUUGUACAUUUUGUAUAAACUUUAAUUCAAGCUUUGCCAUAAACAUUGGCAUCUUCCAAAUAUAUAUAUAGGCAUAUUUAAACCUGUAUAUGUUAUAUUUAAAUUUAAUUGGACGUUAUCCCAUUAACAAUUGUACAAUAUGCAAACAAAGCAAGCAAGCUAACAAAAGUCUUGAUUUACAUGCAUUAGGAAAUGUAGAUGGUAGAUCUACUUACAGGUCAUUUGCAAAGGAUAUAAGCUUCCUACAUAUCUAUUUCAGAUUGAAUUAUCAUAAAAAAUCUUUAAUUUUUUAUUUACAUCCUAGAUAAGGUUAUGGUGGGUACAUUGAUUGUUAGCUUCUUUUAUAUUUACCACCUUUGCUUUUUCUGAUUUAGCAGGGUAUACUGAUUGUAGAGGUUUAUUUUUCUUUCUGUCCAUGGUUGUGAUAAGAAUACUCAAGUAAUGUGAUAUAAAUCCAUGAUACACAUAUCAUUACUACAAGACCUUGUGCCUUCUACAAACCAUCGCCACAAUGUACAUAUAUAUUGUUAUCAUUAAUUCUUAAUCGUAAUUUUUAGUACUAGUAGUAGAUUCAUUCAUUAAACCAUGUAUAUUUUAUGAUUUGUUUAAACUAAGAAGGCAUCUUGGCUUAAUGUUCAUGAUAGUGUCAAAGUUCAGGUUAAUUCAGUGCCCUUUUAAGAUUUGUAAUCGUUUUAGAAGAAUUUCUGUAACACUUCAGCAAAUUUAUCAUACAAACAUAUUAAGUGUUCAGGAAAGCACAUUUUAAUUGCCGCUGUGCGUUGAUAAAAUAUAUGUUAUAAUUAUGCAAUUAACUCUUUAUUCAGUCAUAAAAUGGGUCUGAAAUGAUUCAGCACAACUCUAUUUUUUGACUUUCCAAUACUGAUAAACAAUGAACAAUACUUUUUAAGAGGAUACCAGUUUGUGCAAAAUAUUAGAGGAAUUUGAUCUGUCUGAAGACAAGUCAGAUAUUUAGUUUUUGUUAGUUAAACAUCCAGUGUUGAACAGACUUUGUGUCAAAGACGAUGAAGGGUUUCAUUGAUAUGUUUAAAUAAAUUUUGUAUCCAAGUUUUUAUAAACAAUGCUUUCAUGCCAGACAGAUUUACUAUAUAAGGAAAUUAUUAUUUAUAAAGCAGUAUUAAUAUUUGAUAAAAGAGCAAUCAAUUAAUAGAUAUAUAGAUAUAUAUAUAUUUCAGGCCACACCAAAGUUAUUAGUUGUUCUAUUGACUAACUUGGCCUAAAAUGGUUGAUUACCAUUUCAGACAAACAAAUUCUUUAAUUCUUCAUAUCGUUGUUUUUUCAGUGUCAGAAAUUUUAGAUAUAAAGCUCCUUACUUUUGAAACUUUGAAAAUGAUUGAAAAAAAAUAUAUAACCAUAUCUCCUAAGCAUGAUUUUGGCUGCUCUUUAAAAAAUCUAAACUAAAAAAAAAAAAAAUGAACAACAAAUUAUUUGGUGUGGCUUCAUAAAAAAUAUUAUUUAAAGAGAAGUUUAUAUUGUUUUUGUUAACUUUAUAUAUAUGGAGCAGAGAUAUAUAUAUUAUUUUACUAUUGAUAGAAAUAUUUAUACAAAACAUCAAAGGAAAAUUUAUGUUAAACCUUAAGCUGCACAGAUUUAUUUUGUGUAUAACUUUGUAUAGCUUCAAAGACAAAUUUAGAAAUUCCACAAAGUCAUCUGUUUUUGCAAAGUAAAUGUCUUUCCUGGCAUUAUUCUAAAUUAUCAUACUAACUUUAAUUUUUAACCAAAACAGUAUAAAAUCAAUUUAAAGACUUUUCAUUAUUGCCAUGGAGCAAUAGCAUGAAACUGAAGAAAAGUUCUCUAAAUACUCAGAAGGCUUUUAGACAAAAUUCUUUAAAUAAUUCAAGCAAACAAUGAUGUUUAAUUUUUCUUCUCUAAAUUAUACUCAAAACGAUUCUCUUACUAGUUGCUUAUAAGAUGCUGAUAGGAUUGCAAUAAGUUUUGUUUACUCUUGUAAAAAUGAAAAUGACUUUUAACAACAGCUGAACAAACUAUUAGGCAAGCUUCGAAAGUUUUGAACUCUACUGCAAAAAAUCGAAAAACAUAUAAUUAUCAACAGAAAUUUUUUAGAAGAUUAUAUUGUUGGAUAUUGUUUUGUUUUAAGGCACUAAUGAAAUUGAGAAUGGAAAUGGGGAAUGUGUCAAAGAGACAACAACCCGACCAUAGAAAAAACAACAGCAUACGAUCACCAACAGGUCUUCAAUGCAAGUCUUACAAGUUGUUAAUUGUUCUUUUUUUCAUCUCUAUUUUCUUUUUUUGUUUCUAUUUGUAAAUCCAAAAUUAAUAUGUUUUUUUCUCAGGAUAUUUUCAUGUUUCUCUGUCAAAUGUAUUCAUAUAGAUAUUCUUUUGUUUUCAAAUUUAUGAAAAGGAGAUGGUAUUCAAUCUACCCAGGAAUGUUUGAUAUUCAUAACUUGACAAUUGUAUAAUUAAUCCAUUUUCAUAAAUUUUCAGAUUAUGCAUAUUUUCUUAAUCUUUCAGUAAGGAUUCUGACAUCAUCCUUAUUAUGUUAAGAGUUUCUUGUAUUAGGACUAAUUCCUAUAAAAUGUGUACCUGAUCUAUACUUAAGUUUCUUUGUUUCUCAGUAUUAUAUGAAAACACUUGUUAAAUGUCGAUAAAUAUCCCACAUAUUUGACUGUGCACCUCUGCAAGAAGAAAUGUUUUAUUCACUGUACACAAAUGUGUAAUAUGGUGACAUUUUUCUUGAAACAUUAAAAAUAUAUUUUCAGAUUUACUAAUAAAACAUGACAUCUACAAAUCUAAUUAAAAACCGAUCUCUCAUCGCUCCCAUUUUAUGAUGUAUCGUGUGGGAGAUCUAACGAAACCCGCUUUGAGGUCACAUGUGAGUGAACUAGAAGUUAUGAAUUAAUAAUGAUAUGCAAAUGAAUUGACGACCUAUUAAUAAGCCAAUCAAAAAAGUUUAUGAAUUAUUUUGACUGACGAUUUCAUUGUAUAUAAAAUGAGUUACAUCCCUUUACCUUACAAUAAACUUUCAAGAUCAUGGAAGACUCAAUUUCAUUGGUCUAAAAAGACAAACUUACUAGGUCACUCACAUGUGACCUCAAAGCGGGAUUAGUUAGAUCUCCCACGCAACAUAUCAGAAAACAGGAGCAAUGAGAGAUCGGAUUUUAAAUUAGAUUGGACAUCUACUAGCAUGACAUUUCAAAUUUCAUGUAACAAUGGAGAAAAAAAAAGUUUUUAUUUUACUUUUAAUUUUUAAGAACAUUUGAAGAAAGGUAUCUUGAUAAACUGUUUUUAAUUUUUAAGAACAUUUGAAGAAGGUAUCCUGAUAAACUAACAGUAACUCUAUGCCACAAUGAUAAGUUUUACUGUGCCAUUUUAGUGCUUGGCACAUCUAUGUUAUGUUUUUGUCGUUAUCUCUGAUUGUCCUGUUGUUGUUAAUUGUCUAGUCGUUUUAUUUAUUCAUUACAUCAGGGACUAUAACCUUUGUAAAUAUUAAAGUUUAUAAAACACUUUGAA